UCUCUCCCCCCCCCAAUCAUUUAUCUAGGUUCAUACAGCUGUCAACAAACCAUAAAAAAUCAUAAAAAAUCAAGGCUUGGUUUGAUUAAAUCGACUGUGAAUCCCCAGGCCCUAGGUACUUCCUACUCAUCUUAAAACCCUUUGGGUCUUUGUCUGUCGUCAUCGCCAAUCGUCUGGGUGAAGGAAGAUCAGCUACAAAUCCCUUUUACAUUUCUCUCUCAAUCAUCCUCAUAGAUAAAAAAACACCCCCCUUCACUUCUUCCCAACUUUUGAGGAAAAGGGACUCCAUUUGAAGCUCUGGAUAAUUGAUAUCCAUGGUCUUACUUUCAAACUAAACACCAAUUACCCAAUUCUUUAGGUGGUUCGGAUUGGCCAAUUUAAUUUAAUUCAUUCCCUAUCUUACCUCUCCCGAAGCUAUAAGCUUCUAGCCUCCCGCUAUCACCACCGCCCUUUUCCAUAGCUCCAUUCACUUCCUCUGCCUGCGAAAUCAGUCUGAAGUCAAUAUUUGAGUAUUUCUCAAUCAGAAACUUUAUCUUCUAUUUAUUUGCUGACUACUCUUUUCGACGACAUCUCCCGUCGUUGUCUGGUUGAAGUCGGCACUUUUAUAAGUGACCUUUGCAAUUCGGCCUUCUUGAUCGAUCCGGGACAGCACAACCACAGCAAAUAUGUCGACAACAAGGGGAUUGGAGGGAGAGCUCAAAGCACAGGGUGCAGUAGAGGCAGCACAAGAUCCUAACAGUUCAGUGACAGCAGCAGAUGCUGAAGCGAAAAUUGUCAAUGAGGGUAAAAGGGCAGGCGUGCCAGCUUUCUCCUUUGACCCAGAUGCGAGUCCAGAGGAGAAGGCAGCACAGGCUAGGGCUCGUAUCCCAGAAGGAUUUCACCAUGAGCACAAAUCGAAAGGUGUCGCAAUCGCUACGGAUAUUGACGAUGGUUCACCGGGAGCUUACGACCUACCACCUCCCUCUACUGCCGGAGCUCUUGCAGCUCCAACAAAGGGAAGCAAGCAAUCAGAACAGCCUGUAGCAAACGGAUAUGUCGAUGAUGAUGAGGAUGCCCGCUGGAUCGAACGAGCUGGCUGGGCACCCAGAUUUGGUUCUGGAGAUUCUGGCGAAUCUAUAGAAGGAGAAAGUCUUCUAGACCAUCAAACUUGGAUAGAGGGCAAGAUUGAAGAUAAAUUUUAUGGGGAUUGGUAUCAAAAUACUGCCGUCAUCAUAUUUGCAUGUCUUUCGUCAUGGUUUGUGGCCACGCUUGGUGGAGGGCUUAGCUGGGUAUUCAUUAUCAUGGCAAUUUGUGGUACAUAUUAUAGGACUUCGAUACGUCGAGUAAGACGCAACUUUCGUGACGAUAUCAAUCGCGAGCUUGCCAAAAACAAGCUUGAAACAGAUACGGAAAGUCUGGAAUGGAUGAACAGCUUCAUGGUCAAGUUUUGGCCAAUUUUCCAGCCAGUGUUCGCCGAGACAGUCAUUAACUCCGUUGAUCAAGUCUUAAGUACAGCAACCCCGGCCUUUUUGGAUAGUCUUCGCAUGAAAACGUUCACUCUGGGUACAAAGCCACCUCGCCUGGAGCACGUAAAGACGUAUCCCAAAGCAGAAGAUGAUAUUGUACUCAUGGACUGGAAGUUCAGCUUCACUCCAAACGAUCAUGCAGACAUGACUGCCCGCCAAAUCAAGAAUAAGGUCAACCCAAAAGUUGUCCUCGAAAUCAGAAUUGGAAAAGCAAUGAUCAGUAAAGGUCUAGACGUUAUUGUCGAGGAUAUGGCUUUCUCAGGCCUCAUGCGUGUUAAGAUCAAGCUUCAGAUUCCAUUUCCUCAUGUGGAAAAGAUCGAAAUUUCAUUCCUUGAGAAGCCUACAAUCGAUUAUGUGUGUAAACCUCUUGGAGGUGAAACUCUUGGAUUUGACAUCAAUUUCAUUCCUGGACUUGAAAGUUUUAUUCUCGAACAGAUCCAUGCGAAUAUCGGACCAAUCAUGUACGCACCUAAUGUGUUCCCAAUUGAAGUCGCAAAAAUGCUGUCUGGGUCAGCUGUUGAUCAGGCUAUCGGUGUAUUGGCUGUCACUCUCCAUGGGGCUCAAGGGCUUAAGAAUCCUGACAAAUUUGCUGGAACCCCCGAUCCAUAUACUGUCCUGUCAAUCAACAAUGGUCCUGCUCUAGCACAAACCAAGAUCAUCAAGGAAAACGCUAAUCCUAAAUGGAAUGAGACGAAAUAUGUUAUUCUUACUUCUUUCACCGAAAGUCUCACAAUGGCUAUUUUCGAUUAUAACGAAUACCGAAAAGACAAAGAACUUGGUACUGCCACUUUCCCAUUGGAAAGGGUGCAAGAGGUUACGGAAUAUGAGAACGAACAGCUUGAGGUUAUGGCAAAUGGCAAGGCACGUGGCCUACUAUCUGCAGAUCUACGCUUCUUCCCCGUCCUCGAAGGACGUACUCUCGCAGAUGGCACGACUGAACCUCCUCCUGAGUCUAACACCGGUAUUGCUCGUUUCUGUGUCGAGCAAGCUAAAGACCUCGAUGGUACCAAGAGUCUCAUUGGUCAGCUUAGCCCCUACGCUGUACUUUUACUAAACAACAAGGAAAUUCAUGUCACAAGGAAAUUAAAGAGAACGAACAAUCCUAUUUGGGACAACGGAUUUAAGGAAAUUCUCAUCACUGAUAGAAAGAGUGCAACUUUUGGUCUUGUCAUUAAGGAUGAUCGAGAACUCGGCACCGAUCCCAUCCUUGGCACAUAUCAGAUCAAACUCAAUGACAUGCUGAACUUGAUGGAAAAGGGUCAAGAGUGGUACACGCUCGCUGGAGCAAAUUCUGGCAGAGCGAAGUUGACGCUUCAGUGGAAACCAAUCGCGUUGCAAGGCGUGGGCGGAGGCACUGGCGGUUACGUUACUCCUAUCGGUGUCAUGAGAUUUCAUUUUAAGAAUGCGCGAGAUCUUCGAAACCUUGAAACUCUGGGUAAAUCUGAUCCUUACGUCAGGGUCCUCUUGUCUGGCAUAGAAAAGGCCCGAACAGUUACAUUCCAAAACAACCUUAACCCAGAUUUCGACGAAGUUGUAUACGUCCCCGUCCACAGUGUCCGGGAGAAGUUAACUUUGGAAGUUAUGGAUCAAGAGACUAUCAACAGCGAUCGUACUUUGGGAUCGAUCGAAAUCUUGGCUGCCGACUACAUUCAACAACUUGAGAAUGGGGAAUUCAUUGUACAUGAUGACAAAGUACCACAAGCCGGUGGAUUGCGCAUGCAUGGAAAGGGCUCCCCCAGAGGAACACUCAAUUAUACUGUAGCAUUCUAUCCAUGUUUGAACGUCGCAGAUCCCGAAGAUGAGGAAGAAGCUAAAGAAGAGGCCGCCCGCAAAAAGUCUUCAGAGAGAGGUCGCAUAACUGGUAUGGAAAAUGGCGUCAAGGAUGUUGUGGAAAAUGGGGACGAAUCAGAAAAGCCUACACGAUCUUCGAGCGAAUCCGCGAUGGCUGCAAAGCUUGCGGAAGGUGAACAGGAGCAAGAAGAGACCACGAAAGAAAAGCAACUUCCUAAGAUUCAUCUCACACCCGAGGAAUUACUCAAGUAUGAAUCUGGUCUUAUCAUUUUUAAGAUAAUUGACUGCGACUUGACCCGAAGCAAUGUUCACGUCGAAGUUGUCGUUGAUGAUAUGGCAUUCCCGUCAUACUCGUCCUCCACAAUCAAAUCGAAGAGAAUGACUUUGGAUGAGAUAGGUGAUUGUUUUGUUCGUGAACUAGAUUUCUCCAAGAUCACCAUACGUAUUCGAGAAAAGCAGAGUAAGGGGGAUGACAAGAAAGACUCCACUAUUGCCCGCCUAAGUGGGGAGACACUAGCUACCCUAAAACAAUGCCUCAACAAUCCUACCAUACUCAAGCUUCGAGAUGAUGACGGACAUACUAGUAAUAUCAAGGUCUCACUUAAGUACAUCCCAGUUAAGAUGGAUCUGGAUCCAAGCGAGAGUAUCAACAACAUGGGAAAACUUCGAGUAGAUGUUUUGGAUGCUACUGAUCUUCCAUCGGCAGACCGCAACGGGUACUCAGAUCCAUACUGCAAGUUUGAAUUCAAUGGCAACUCGGUGUUCAAGACUAAAGUCCAGAAGAAGACUUUACACCCAGCUUGGAAUGAGUUCUUCGAGCUCGAUGUACCUUCAAGAACAGCAGCGAAUUUCAUUUGUAACGUCAUGGAUUGGGACUUCGGUGAUAAGGCCGACUUUCUUGGCAAGGCCGAGAUUAACCUAAAUCUCUUGGAACCAUUCAAGCCCAAGGAAAUGAGCUUAGCUUUGGAAGGUAAAUCGGGGUCUAUUCGUCUGCGCUUGCUAUUCCGCCCAGACUACGUGACUAGGUCGAGACAAGGAAGUUCGACAUUCUCUGGUACAUUUGCUACGCCAGGAAAGAUUGUCACUGGAGUCGCAGGAGCUCCAAUCAAGGGUGUUGGCUUUGCGGCACAUGGUGUUGGCAAAGGAGCUUCCUUUAUUCGACACGGCUUCAAAAGUAAGAAGAAGGAUGAAGACGACCUGAAUGGCAGCAUUAGUUCCGAGUUAGAUAACGACGCUCCUAUUACUAAUGGAAGUGGCGGAUUAAAGCGUGGAAGUGCCCUCCCCGGCUCAGGAGCACCAAUUCCGGAAAUCAUGCCUCCAAAGACACCGCCAUCAGAACCGAAUCAUGCACGAACCAAGUCUUUCGGAGCAUCUUCGGGGCACUCUGGCAUGUUCGGUUCUCCUGGUGCUUCAGGCGGACCUGUGGGUAUUGCAAACUUCACGAUUGUGUCUGCAUCUGGAUUUCCACCUUCUUCAAGCGUUAUGGUCUAUGUUAAAUCACUGGGUGCCAAGCCUAAAGUCAUUCACAAGACUGAUCAUAUCAAAUCGCCUAACGGCACCGUACUUUUCAACGAGAAGAAAGAAAGCUUCAAAUGCACCACUUCUGCAGAUGCAACCUUCCAAGUGUCUGUCAAGGCACACAACACCUUUGGCUCAGACGACGAUCUUGGCGAAGGAGCACUCGUCGUAGAUGAAACUGGCACAAUGCAAGAAAAGCAAAUCCGUUGUGGUGCGGGCUACAUUACGGUAAAAUCUAAUUUUAUUAUGAGCUCUACUGAGAAUGGAUCGGAGAGUCCGAAGACCCGUUCAGGUUUUGGAAGAAGUUUGCUUAGCAAGAAAGAGACUGGCCGAACUAGCAGAGACAUCACACCCGUCGGUACACAUGGCUCUUAGUAGGAUGCAAUACUAGAGUCGGUAUUCAGGGGCAAAUGAGGGAUAGAUGGUAGGUUUUCUGGCAUGGGGGUGGCCUGUCUCUUCCGCGUGUUUGAGGAGGAGGGAUGGGUGGUCGAAAGCUUACGAUGGAUUUUGCUUUCCUGUUCUUGUUUCUAUGGGAAGGAGAUACCAUGGCGAGUUUGGUUGUUCAUUUAUUGCGCGUUGUUCCUUACCUUAUUUGACGAAUUUCCUUGAUUGAAGCUGGCGCAAUUAAUAUUGGUACAAUAAUCAUCUGGAGAGAGGAGGAGAGUUUUGAAAGCACUGGGGUAAAGGGGUCGAUGGGCGAUGUAGGCCUGGAUGAUGUGGAAUGGAUAUUUGAAUUGAAAAAGGAGUGGGAAGGGGUAAGCAAUCGCUUGAGAGGCAGACAAAUUCAUAUUUUCAAUAUUGUACUGUAUUAUGUCGUGGAAAGCUAUGCUGAGUACAUUGCGUGAAAUGAAAAUAAAAAGAUCCUAAUACAACACUUUAUCCAUUUA